ACUCUAUUAUGCUCGACGACUUGGACCAGUUUCAAGGAUAGAGACAAUGUAUCCAGCAGUGAGUCUGGAUGCUCGCUUGUUGCCAUCAUCCCACUGUUAGUGCGAGGGAGUUAUUAUGCAACCACCGCGUCAACCAAGCAUUCCUUCCCACCUCCUUAUUGAACCUGGAAGAUGGGUAGAGGACUUCAUCCCGAGAUGCCGACCAUGACUUCACUAUUUACAUUCACACAUGCCUGCUUCCACUUUAUCCCACUAUUUUCCUUUCUUUCCCCUCCCAGUCGACCUCCCAGACCACGAACUCAAUUGCUGAGAGCAACCCGUCAAAAGCGUCGGUCACUCUGAUUCGGAUGAGCAGUCUGAGUGGAACCGUUAGCGUCGUUAUCCAAGUCAUCCAGAGCAUUCCGGCUGAUAGUCGCCCAUCUCAGUGGACUGGGGAGACGUUCAACUGUAAGACAUGGCUCAAGGACGCCCUUGCGGCCCUGGAUGCCUCGGGAACCAUCCGGCUGCCGAUGGGCAUCGAUGAUCUCUUCCGAGUGGCGCGUCACCGUGGCAUAGAGAAGCUGGCAGAAGCUGAACUCGGGCACGAUGCGAACGUCGAGAACGACCCCGAGGACGAUAUGGAUUAUGAACGACUUGGAAAUGGAUGAUUCCCACGCCGCAUAGAAGGCCCGGUUGUUGGCCCCUCGUUUUGGGAUCCCGACUCUUGCCUCGCAUUUUCAAGCAAACACAAGGACCUUCUGAUUAUCCGAAAAUAUCAGUACCCAGUUGCCCAGGAUUAAGGUUUCGCAUGAAUACGAUGGUGACAUAGACAGGUCCUCUCGCCAUGGUCGUGAUCCCCUGUUCGCUUGUGACGAAUGGUGAUCAAAGCCGAUUAGUUACACAAAAGGACCCAAGGGGCAAGAUGCGAGGAAAAGUUAAACAUCCUUACGGAAGCUGCUGCUGUUGGAGUUACUCUCGUCCUCGUUGCCAAUCCCGUCAACGCCAAUUCCUUCCCUC